CAAAGAUGAUGAUGAAGAUGAAGAAGAGGAGGAUGAAAUAACAAGAACAGACUUAAGAGAAUGUACCUGUCAUGUUGUGAAGGUUACCGUGCUUAGUGAAAUGGCUUGGCACUGGAAGAUGAUUGGAAAGAAACAUAUGUCAUUAAUGUAUCUUCUGCAGUCUGGGGAAGCUGCCUUGGAGAACGGAGAAUAUGUUCAAACCACUUUAGUAGUGAAAGAAGCUGUAAAUUUUAUCAAAGAGAUUCAAGAAGAAGAAACUAUACAUAUGUCUUCUACGAAACAGCUGUCCAAUGACUUAACGAGAGCUAAGGUGGAAUGUUAUCGGCUGUUGGCACAGGCAAAGUUGUAUCUCGGGAACAUGGACGAAGGAAUGUGUGAUUUACAGGAAGGUUUACGACUACUUGGUACCAACCUAUCAGAAGUCAGUAAGCACAAUGAUGCCAUACAUUAUGCAACAAAGGCUCUGGAGAGAACAUCACCUGAAUUUGUUUACCUUGAAAGCCGCUGUCUUGGAGUCGCAAGUCUGUAUUCCCUGGAAAAUGGUGACUACCAGUCAGCUAUCAACUAUGCCAACCAUAAGCUAGAUAUGAUGAUCCGUACAUCACCUCCAUUCAAACAGGUAUUAGAAGCUUUUAUUUUGGUGUUUGACUGUUACACUUAUGACCCCAAAAGGAGAAAUAAAACCACAGAAGAAGCAGCAAUGAAAUUAUGUUCGUGGAGAUUUAACAACAAAGAUGUCAUACCUGCUAAUGAGGUUCAAGCCAUCAGCCACACUCUUCAAGCUAUUAUGUUUCUCAAGUUUACCCAAAACGAGUUGAAUGGUGCUAUUGAGAUUGGUUUUCAGGUACUUAAAAUUCUACAGAAAAUUCAUGAUUUAAAUAGGAUAAUUAAAGUUUUGCCCAUCUUAUCACAAGCAGUGAUGUUUAGUAUUAAUCCAAUCAGAUCUGUGGAAUCACUAGUUCAGCUGAAAGAGUGUUCAGUAGAAAUUGAGAACAAUACAGGACUUGCCUUAUAUUAUGGUGGUUUGGCCGAAGUCAUCGUUAAAGAAACAUUCAAAGUUUCUGGAGAAUAUCUUCACGAAUGUAGAGGUUUUGCACAGGAACCUUACAAAGAAGCUCAUUACACCCAUCACCCAGAUGUAGAAUUUUACCUUACUUCAUGUCUGGCCUUAUGGUGUGUUUCAUUUGGGAUGGACUUGAAGACUGAGAUUCGGUUAAAGUGGUACAAAAAAGCUAAGAAGAAGAAGAAAGAUGUUCCAUUGAAGCUGAGAAAGAGUUUCUGGUCUAUUAGUGCAUCCUUCAAUAUGUUAGAGGUUCGCGUUCACCACAUGAAUUCAGACUAUCGAAAUGAUAUCUCCAAACUCCGAUUAGAGAAAAACAACAUACUUAAGAGCCUUAAUGAGUUAACUUAUGAAAUGAGAGAAAGUUUCCCAGUGUUAGAAAUGAAAGUAAACCGUGUAACCAAGGAACUUUCCAAUGUGUGGAACUUCAUCAAAAGUCUGCAUUGACAACUUAGUUGAGAUUUUUAAAAAUCUGAAGAGUGGUGUAUAAUAUAUUAAUAAUAUUCAAUAAUCUUAGCAUGUUAAUGUAUAGGAUGGUUUCAAAAUUUGGUUAAUAUUCCACUUUAAUGUUUAAUAUUUUAUUCAACUAUAAAUAUCUAUUAAAAUACACAUAUUUUUACUAAUGAAAAAUUCUUUGUUCUAACAUUCAGCAUGUUUAAUAUUGUGAACAGGUUUUAAGACAAUUAGAAGUGUAACGAUUUAGUUGAUAGGAGUGGGCCAUCUUCAAGCUCCGUACCGAUCGUGGUAUCAGAUAUAAACACUCAGUGUAAAUGUUCUCUCUUAAUAUUUAUUAUAUUUAUAUAAAUAAAUAUAAAAUAAAAUGAAAACUUAA